GAGCGGCGGGGGUGAGCUCCAAGCUUGAGCAAUCGUGCGCAUUGUGCCUGCCUCUCAUGACGUAUGUUCCUUCACUCUUACUGUACAGCACCAGCACCCAAACGUUCACCAAGCCGUACCGAACGAAUCUGCAGAUCCCGCUCGCAGCUAGCACAUUAGCAGAUGACCUAGUCCAUAUUCCUUCCUUCACCGUUUUUGUGCCUGUUGAUCUAGAUUGCUUAAAAUCCUCUUGCUUUUCCAUUCUCUCGUCGCCCUCUCAUUUUUCACCCUCUUGCGCCGGACCCCAGAUUGAGUAAAUUUCCCCCCAAGACCGGCGAGAGCUGUUGUGCACCCACUGCUGAUUCACAAUGGCUCCCAAGACAAUGAUUUCCAGCGAGGUCUACUUGCUCCCACUCAAGGACGAUGGAAGCCCCGAUGUCUCCGGAGGCUACAUCUAUCUCACGCCCAAAUCCAGCGCCCCGAUUGUCGUGCGAUUCGAGAUUGAAGGUACUUCUUCAAUCUGCAGACAUGGCAGUCUGUGGGUGAACAUCCCAGAAGAAGGCGCAGAAUUCCGAAGAGACAAGUUUCGAGAAUUCAAACUCGAGCCAGACUUCAAUCGAACAAUUCAAAUAUCAAUCCCCAUCCACGGUGCUGGUUCAUUUGCCUUCUAUACUUUCUAUACACCUCUUCCAGAACUCACUGAGACUGCGCAAAGACCCCUCGAGCCUACGAAGACAGAACUCUUCUAUAUCGAUGUUGCUCCACGACUCACGUUGGAGGGAAGGCAGAUGCCCCUGGCCGCUUUGUCCAUAUUCUCAUUGAUUUCGAAAUUCAUGGGGAAAUACCCUACAGACUGGGAGAAGCAUCUGCGAGGAAUCAGUGCCCGAGGAUACAACACCAUACAUUUCACACCAUUACAGCAUAGGGGAGUGUCAAACUCGCCAUACAGCAUCUAUGAUCAGUUAUCCUGGGACCCAGAAUGUUUUCCAAAAGGAGAAGCUGAUGUGAAAAAGCUUGUUGAGAGCAUGGAAACACAAUAUGGUCUUCUUGGUCUUACUGAUGUCGUCUGGAACCAUACCGCGGACAAUAGCAAAUGGCUCCAGGAACAUCCUGAGGUUGGAUAUAAUGUUUCUACAGCUCCCUGGUUGCGGUCUGCUCUGGAACUGGACACAGAAUUGCUCGAUUUCAGCAGCAAGCUAGCGGCAAAUGGAUUGCCUACUGAUCUAAAGUCAAUAGCAGAUCUUACGAAACUCAUGGAAGCAGUCAAAGAGAAUGUUGUCGCGAAACUUAAACUCUGGCAGUACUAUGUCAUUGAUGUUGAACGAGAUGCUGAUGCGAUUGUUGAUUCCUGGGCUAAUGGCAAAAUCUCGUUUCCUGAAGGGGGUUUCGGGGGCUCGGAUUUUGGAGGCCUAGAGACAAUCAAGAACGCAACACCUACACAGCAAGCCAAAUUCUUGAAAGACAAAGCACUUCUUGGUGCAGAUGCUCUGGGGGAACGUUACAAGCGACGCAUAGAUCCGGCUACUGGAGCAGCACUCGUAACUGCCAUUUUCGGUAGAUUUGAAGGAGAUACCUCUGACUCGGCCGAUCGAGCUGCUGUUCGCAACAAACUGAUACACAUCUUGGACGAAGUUAACCUUCCUCUAUACAAAGAAUACGAUGCCGAUGUCGUUGAAAUUCUGGAACAAUUGUCCAAUCGGAUAAAGUAUGUCAGAUUGGAUGAUCAUGGACCAAAGUUAGGUCCUAUCGACCAGAAGAAUCCUUUGAUCGAAUCUUACUUCACACGGCUUCCGAAAAACUCCACCACAGCAAAGCAUAAUCAAGAAGAUCUCGCGUUGGUCAACAAUGGCUGGAUCUGGGCUGCCAAUGCUCUCAUUGACAAUGCUGGGCCAAGUUCUCGUUCUUAUUUACGUCGAGAAGUCAUUGUUUGGGGUGAUUGCGUGAAGCUCCGAUAUGGAAAGAGCCGAGAGGAAAGUCCUUUUCUUUGGGACCAUAUGGCAGCAUACACGCGUCUGAUGGCCAAGUAUUUCACUGGCUUUCGAAUUGAUAACUGCCACUCCACUCCAAUCCACGUGGCAGAAUUUCUUCUUGAUGAAGCGAGGAGAGUUCGUCCCAAUCUAUUCGUGGUUGCGGAGCUGUUUACUGGAUCCGAGGAGAUGGACUAUGUCUUCGUCAAGCGACUUGGUAUCAGCUCUUUGAUUCGAGAAGCUAUGCAAGCAUGGGGAACUGGUGAGCUCAGUCGACUCGUCCAUCGCCAUGGAGGUCGUCCUAUCGGCAGCUUCGAAGUUGACGAUGUCUCUGACAACGCAAAAAAUGCACCCAACGGCGUCCCCAACGGGCAAGCUAAUGGCCAUCCCAAGAGGGAAAUCAUCCGGAGAAUCAAGCAAACGCCUGUCCAUGCCUUGUUUAUGGAUUGCACUCACGAUAACGAAGUCCCAGCUCAGAAGCGCGAUGCUCGUGACACUCUUCCUAAUGCUGCAUUGGUAAAUAUGUGUGCUAGUGCUACAGGCAGUGUCAUGGGUUAUGAUGAGAUCUACCCGAGAUUGGUCGAUCUCGUUUCAGAAACCAGAUUCUACACCUCCCAAUCUUCAACAAAACGGGUUGAGGUUGGUGGUGGUGAAGGUGGUAUUGGUGGCAUCAAGAAGCUUCUGAAUCAAAUACACACACUAAUGGGGAAGGAUGGCUAUGAUGAGACACACAUCCAUCAUGAGGAUCAGUACAUUACUGUACACCGUGUGCAUCCUGAAUCGCGGAAAGGAUAUUUCCUCAUUGCCCAUACAGCUUUCCCUGGCUACGGUAAUGGCAACGGUGGUUUCAGUCCUGUUCAUCUUACUGGGACGAAAGCUAGACACCUUGGAAGCUGGAUGCUCGAAGUCGACACUAGCGAGGAGGCAACGAAAGAAGUUCUGAGCGACAAAAAGUUCUUGAGAGGUCUGCCAAGCAAAGUUAUCGAUCUGCCAGGUAUUCGAAUGGAAUCAAACAAGGACGAGACUAUCAUCUCAGUUCGCGAUAAAUUCCCGCCUGGAAGCAUCGCUUUGUUCGAAACCUGGAUUCCAGAAGCAGAGCAUACAGCCGGACUUGACUCCUAUGUGACCUCAGGAGGGAAGGCUGCAUUUGCUGAUGUCAAUCUCAUUGAUUUGAAUUUUGUGCUGUACCGUUGUGAGGCAGAAGAGCUCGAUUCUAGCGAUGGCAAGGACGGUGUCUACGAUAUUCCGGGUCAUGGCAAGCUUGUCUAUGCUGGCCUUCAAGGCUGGUGGAGCGUUCUGAAAAAUAUCAUCCGAGACAACGAUCUCGCUCAUCCCUUAUGCCAACACCUACGUAACGGGCAAUGGGCGUUGGACUACAUCGUCGGCCGACUUGAGAGGAUAUCAAAGAAGCCGGGGUACGAGCAAUUAGAGAAGCCUGCUGUCUGGCUGAAGGAAAGGUUUGAUGCAAUCCGAAAAUUGCCAAGCUUUCUCUUGCCAAGAUAUUUCGGGCUUGUGAUUCGUACAGCCUAUAAAGCUGCAUGGGACCGUGGUAUCGAGCUCAUGAACGAGAACGUCCAGAAUGGUCAAUGGUUCUUGAAGAGCCUUGCCAUGGUCAGCGUCCAACAGAAUGGGUAUGUCAAGUCAGCUUCGUUAUAUCCAAAGAAAGUUGUGCCUUCAUUGGCAGCUGGACUUCCACAUUUCGCUGUCGAAUGGGCUCGCUGCUGGGGCAGAGAUGUCUUCAUUUCUGCACGAGGGCUUUUCCUUGGAACAGGCCGCUAUGCCGACUGCAAGGAACAUAUCAUUGCCUUUUCAAGUGUUUUGAAGCAUGGCAUGGUACCGAACCUACUAUCUAGUGGCAAUAAUCCACGAUACAAUGCGCGUGAUGCAAUCUGGUUCAUGCUUCAAACGAUUCAAGAUUAUACCAAGAUCGUACCAAAUGGUAUCGACCUUCUCAAAGACAAUGUCCCUCGACGUUUUCUGCCUUAUGACGAUACAUACUUCGAGUCCGAUGAUCCAAGAGCGUACUCUAAGAGUUCCACCAUUGAAGAUAUCAUUCAAGAAGCUCUUCAGCGUCAUGCUACUGGAAUGAAAUUCCGCGAGGCUAAUGCGGGUCCAGGACUUGAUAUGCAGAUGAGUUCAGAAGGAUUUGAUCAAGAGAUCAAAGUAGACUGGGAGAAUGGUAUAAUAUUUGGUGGCAACCAGAACAAUUGUGGCACUUGGAUGGACAAGAUGGGUGAGUCGGAACGAGCUGGAAGCAAAGGAGUUCCCGGAACUCCGCGUGACGGCGCAGCAAUUGAGAUAACUGGUCUCUUGUACAGCACUCUGGUCUGGUUGUCGAAGUUGCACAAGGAGGAGAAGUACAAGUACGCUGGUGUCAGUACUUCAGAUCCAAAGCAUAAGGUUAUUACUUGGGCCAACUGGGCAGCUUUACUGAAGGACAACUUCGAGAAGUGCUACUACGUCCCAUUGGAUUCAAAGGACGACAGCCAUUACGACGUCAACCCGAAGAUCAUCAACCGACGAGGCAUCUACAAAGACUUGUACAAAUCUGGCAAAGAGUACGAAGACUAUCAGCUGCGAGCCAACUUCCCGAUCGCGAUGACUGUCGCACCAGACUUGUUUGUUCCUGAGCAUGCUCUUCACGCCUUGACUUUGGCGGACAAGGUUCUUCGUGGCCCUACUGGCAUGGCAACUCUCGAUCCCGCAGAUCUGAAUUACCGUCCAUACUACAACAACUCGGAAGACUCAACCGAUUUCGCAACCUCUAAGGGACGAAACUACCAUCAGGGUCCAGAAUGGCUUUGGCCAACAGGUUUCUUCCUGAGGGCAUUACUGAAAUUUGAUCUCAUGAGAAGAAAGGGUCCUCAGGAGAGAACAGAGGCGUUCCAGCAGAUCACAAGAAGGUUAGCAGGCUGCAAAGAAGCUAUCCAGAGCAGUCCUUGGGCGGGGUUGACCGAGUUGACAAACAAGAACGGGGAGUUCUGCGGCGAUUCGUCCCCAACUCAAGCUUGGAGCGCUGGCUGUCUCAUUGAUUUGUAUCACGAUGCGGCGCAGUAUGACGUUUCCCAACUUUCGGAGAACUUGAGCAAGAUGAAGACAUAGAAAAGUCGAGAUGGCGAUUAGGAAGACAAUCCUGCAUAGGAAGUCAUCAUCAGGCUAUGACACGAAGUAUACGAUUCGAUGACAUGGGAUGGAUGGAGUUGGUCGGCUUCCUAAUAUUUCAAGAUGAACGAGAACAAGCAUUGGUAGAUACCUAGUAAGACCAAAAGAAUGCAUGCU